CACGGUUGACUCGUUUAUUCAUGAAGACGUUUAAGUGACCUUGUGAGGGGCUUUUGUAGCUUGUGAAGAUAAAUACUGCUCCUAAGCGGUCGUAGCUAUUCACCCCCCUUCCCCUAAGAGCAGGAAGUGCACUCUCCGAGCUCCGCUCGUGUGCAUUGAAUCAGCUGAGUUUGGGGAUGCCAACCCUUUGGGUUUAACAGGAUCUGCUCAAGACACAUUUGGGGAAUGGGAAACGCACUCUAGACAGAACGGUUGGUUGUCGGUUUCUUCAAGCAGAACGGACGCUACAUCCAGACCUGUUAACCAUCACCGUUUUGCCGGGGUUGAGGGAAAUUUGAGAGCUUAAACCGGAGCUUGUUUUGCAGUUGACACACGCUGAGCAUGCUGGGACGUGAGUCAAGCAUUAUGGAUCCCGAGGAGCAGGAGUUGCAGAAUGACUACCGUUACCGUAGUUACGCGGCAGUCAUCGAGAAGGCCCUGCGGAACUUUGAGUCAUCCAGUGAAUGGGCCGAUCUCAUCUCCUCUCUGGGUAAACUCAACAAGGCCCUGCAGAGUAACCUGCGCUACUCUCUGCUGCCCAAGAGGCUAAUCAUUGGGAAGCGUCUGGCCCAGUGUCUGCACCCGGCCCUGCCCAGCGGAGUGCACAUCAAAGCCCUGGAGACCUAUGAGGUCAUCUUCAAGAUCAUCGGCACCAAAUGGCUGGCCAAGGACCUCUUCAUCUACAGCUCGGGGCUGUUCCCGUUGCUGGGCCAUGCUGCAAUGGCAGUGAAGCCAGCCCUGUUGACGCUGUAUGAGCGCUACUACCUCCCCCUACAGAGGGCCCUACUGCCCAGCCUACAGGCCUUCAUCACUGGACUACUGCCUGGCCUGGAGGAGGGGGCUGAGGUUUAUGACAGGACGGAUGCAUUGCUACUGAGACUGUCUAUGUUGGUGGGCCAGCAGGUGUUCUAUGGGGCUCUGUGGGGCAGUGUGUUGGUCAGCCCUCUAGUCCGGCUGCCCGCCUCUCUCUUCAUCGUCACACACUUUGACCGCUUAACCCCCCCGCACCAGCAAACACGCAUGCUGGGCUAUGACAACCGCCUGGUGGUGAAGGCGUUGUGUCUGUCUCUGCAGGACUCAAAUGUUCUGGUGCAGAGGAACAUGCUGGAGAUCCUGCUCUUCUUCUUCUCCUUGGCCACCUGCCUGGACCCAACCCAAGGCAGUAUUCCUAUGACUAGGGAGGACACUAUCAGAGUGGUGUCUGCUGCUUCCCUCACGCUGCUCCGCAGAGACAUGUCCCUCAACAGACGCCUCUACGCCUGGCUGCUAGGCACAGAUAUUAAGGGUGGUAUGGUUGCUGCAAACCCUGACCUCUUCAUCUCCAUGGAAGAACACACAGCCUUCUACUUCAACACCCACUCCAGAGAACUCUUAGUGCAGGCUUUGAUCAACAUCUUGAAUCAGAAGGAUGUGGAGGCGGACCCGGAGAGCGUGAUUGGUUAUCUACGACCCUUCCGCAUCAUCAUCAGCCUUAUAGAUAAGCCAGAGAUAGGUCCUCUGAUAGUGGGCAGUGUGUUAUUGGAGGUGGUGAGAGCGUUCUACAGCUACUGCAGAGAGAUGUUGGGGGAGGAGUCUAUCACCAGCACUGGCCUGACAGGCAACCAGCUAGCCAGUAAAAUAAAAGAGAACAAGAACGCAUCAGAAAUCAUAAAGACGGUGAACAUGCUGGUGAGCUCCAUGAACAGUGAGUUCCUGUGGGACUACAUUACCUGCCACUUCUGCACCUGCCUCAGCGACCCAGCUGACCUGCCGCCGUCCCCUCUGCAGUACCACAGUGACUCUCCUGCUCCCUCUGUCACAGAGAUCUCCACGCUCAUCAUAUUCCUACUGGAUGUCAUCCCUCUGGAGCUCCAUGCUGACAUCCAGUCUCAGUUCCUGCCCCAGAUGCUUGGCCGCAUGCUGCAUGCACUCUGUACCCACAUGACCUGUCUGGACCUAUCGGAGCUCACACAGGGCCUGCGCACCUGCUUCAAGGUGCUCAGUAAGAUCCAGAUGCCCGUGACUUAUAUGGACAUGGAGGUGGAGUCACAGUCACAGAAAGUGAAGUCACCGACACAGGAGGAGAGCUUCAAAUUUGUUCCGGAUAUGGAGAAGGAAAGGGUCGAGGAGGAGGAAGAGGGCAGUCGGGUCAACGUUAACCAUGACAACGCAGAACCAGAGGAAGAGCUGAAUGCGGUUGUGGAGCAGGAGACUGGCCCGGUAGAGGGAGAAAGCGCCUUCCCACUCCUUCGGUCUGAAGACAGCGGAUUGGGCAUCAGCGCCUCACCCUCGGAACUGCACCUCUUACCAGGGGUGGGACUGAGCCCCGAGGGGGUGGGGAUCGUGAAAGAGUGCCAGGGUGUGUGGAGGAAGGGGGGCAAUGUGGAGACCAUGACCCAGUGUCUGCUGGAUAUACUGACCUUCAUAACCACCUGGUACCUGCUGGUUCAGGUGGAGGAUGUCAGGGGGCAGGAGGAGGCUGUACAGCCGGACCCCGCUGCCCUCUCCCCUGGUGGGAAGACCUUGUUCCAGGAGGGCCCUCAGAUCACCACGACCCAGAUCAAAGACAAGCUAGCCGAGCUCUUCACCCCCAACAAACACAAACCACGCUCUAUCUCGGACUCCCCUGUCCCAGACCUCCCUGUCCCACCUACAGAGAAGAAGAAAGGGCGAGUGGGCACGGGAGGAGGGGUGGACUGGGGGGCAGGGUACAUGCCCCGGGGCAGGGCGGAGAUUUCAGAGGAGUGCCGCCAGGCGUUCACGGCAGCAUGCCACCUGCUUUUGGAGUGUACCACCUUCCCCCUGUACCUGAGUGAGGAGGAGAGCCAGGUGCUCUACAGCGACAUGUUCCACCAUACAGAUAGUGACGUGGGCUGCCUGCCUUUGUGGCUGAGGUCCUUGAUGACCCUGUGUUGCCUGUCGAGGGACUACCAGGUGCAGCACACGGCUGUGUCCUCUCUUCUGGAGCUCAUCAACCACUCCCAGUCCCUGGCCCUGGUCAUCCAGGACAAGACCAGGCGCUACCAGGCCAGCAACGCCAACCCCCUGAGCGGACGGCUGCAGAUGGUCACUGUACCCCCCAUCUACCCAAGCCUGCUCAGCGCCAUCGAGCAGAGUACAGAUUUCUACCAGCGGGUGGCCCAGGUGUUGUGGGGUCAGCUGGAUGUGGAGCGUCGAGAGCAGCACACCUCCUGUGUGGAGCUCUUCUAUCGGCUCCACUGCCUGGCCCCGUCCGCAUCCAUCUGUGAGGACAUCGUCUGCCAGGCUUUACUGCACAGAGAUAAGGCUGUACGAUUGGAGGCCCUACAUAGGUUCUCAGUGCUGUGGCACCUGACCAGGGAAAACCAGUCAAACCGGACCAUGUCUCUGAACCGCUCGUUUGACCGGUCUCUGUGCGUGGUGGUGGACUGUCUGAACAGCCCAGAUGGUUCUGUGAGUGCUGCAGCCCAGUGCUGGCUGGUCAGGGCUCUCUCCCUGCAGGACGUGGUCCGGAUCCUGGAGCCUGUUCUGCUGCUGCUGCUCCACCCCUCCACCCAGCGUUGCACCAUCCAGAGUGUCAAACAGAACCUCACCGCAGGUAAUCUGAAAGAUUUAAACAGAAGAAGUCGAAGCACCACCAAGAGUUCCACGGGCGCCAUGGCAACCAGCACCCAACCAGAUGAGGGUACACUGGGUCACAUGAUCCUGGUGGACCGGGAGGCCCUGUGGGGGGAGCUAGAGCGUGACCCAGAGACGACCAAUCCAGCGGCUGACUCCACGGGGGAGUCUUGCAGUGAGAGCGAAGCCACAGAGGGGGAAGACGAGUUGGAAGAAGAGGAGGAGGAGGAAGAGAGCGAACACACCGAGUCAGCUGACACCAGUGGUGCCCAGGUCUCCACAGAGAACUCCAGCUCCGCCACUUACGGUUGUAGCGUAGAGGAAGGAGGUGUGGUCAGCUUCCUGAGGAGGGUGGAAUCGGAACACACACAAGUGUCCGAUUCGCUGUCGAGCGAGGAGGAUGACCUGGAGCGUGAAGCCAUGGCUCAGUCGCGUCUCCUCAAACAGGAGCGUGAGAAGCGUGAAGUCAUUGACUCUCUGUUCCGCCAUGUUCUGCUGUACUCUAUGCCCGGCGGAUGGCCCCGCCUGCUCCACGGCCUGGCCCUGUUGGACAGUCUGUUGAGGAGCAGCGCCCAGCGCCCUCUAGUGGACGCCCUCUCCUCCACCUCCCUGGACACCAGCUCAGCCGCCCACCUCAACCUGGUCUCCAACCUUCUCCAGCGCCACCAGCAGGCCCAGGACGGAAGAGGCUUCCAUGGACGGCUGCUCUCGCCCACCUCCUCGCCCUCCAUUCCCCCUUCCCUGCUCAUCGAACUGCUGGUAUCGCUAUGCCUGAGGUUCCUACAUUCCCACUACCCGUCCUACCUCACCCUGGGUCCCAGGGAGCUGCAGGGGAACAGGGAGGUCCAGGUGAAGAGCGUGGGGGUGCUGACCCGCCUGGUGACUCAGCUGGGGUGUGUGGUGUGGGGUCAGAGGGACAGCUCCACCCUGCAGGAGGCUGGGGUCGGCCCAGAGGCCAUCCGCAAGCUACUGGCUGGGUGUAAGGUGCAGCAGUACGCCCUUCUCACCCUCUCAGCCUCCAUGUACAUCAGCCAGAAAGGGGUGGAGAAGGACUCUGCCAUGGGGGGUCUGAAUGUAUUCGAUGAACAGGUGGGCCUGUCUGAGGAGAGCCUGGUGAAUCUUGGAGGGGGAGGGGGGCAGGAGCAAUACCCCUUACAGAUGGAGCUGCUCAAGCUCUUACAGGCCCUCAUCGUCCUGGAGUACUACGUGUGGCCAGGGGGUUCAACCCCGCACCCCGAUGAGCCCCGUGAAACACCUGUAGCUACCCCUGCCUCCUCAGCCAUGAAGCAGGAAUGGCAGACAGGGGUUCUGUUCCAACAGUCCAUCAAGGCAGCUCAGUAUGUCCAGACCCAGCCCAUCACAGCCCAGGGGAUGUUUGUGUCUGCUGCAGCCCGGGCUCUGCAGCCGCAAUACGGCUAUGCCAUGCACCCCCACUGGGUGGCUCUGCUGUGCUCGUCUCUGCCCUACCUCGGGCGCUCGCUGGGCAUCAUCGUUGCUCCGCUCAUCACCCAGAUCUGCAGGAACUUGGAUGAGCUGGUCAAACAGUACGAUCACGACGGGGGGAAGGCUACACAGAGUAGCAGGAAGGAGAACAUUGCUCCUGAUUACCCUCUCACCCUACUGGAGGGACUGACCACACUCACUCACCACUGUCUACUGGACAACAAGAAGUCCCUGGUGGCCUGUGACCCUGCAGACGUUCGGAACGCACGCAAUGCUGUGAUCAAGGAGCUGCCACACAUGCUCAGUAGUAUGGCUCUGCUGUGGGGUGUGGUCAAGAGGGAGGAGUCCCAGAGGAGGGGCUCAGACUCCACCCAGAUCACCAGACACCCCUCCACAUCCGUCUACUUCAGGAGCUACAAGAUCCUGAGGCAGCGUGUGUUGGAGUUUCUGACUCCUCUGACGGGGCAGUAUGGGGUGCAGCUCAUGGCCUCAGUAGGAGCAGUGUGGAGCAGCCGGAGGAGCAAGAGACACACCACAAACAAAAUAUUGCCUGUGUCCAGUGAGUCUCAUCUGACCAUUGUGGAUCUGGUGAAGUCCCUGGGAACGCUCCAUACAGACAACAUCCUGCAGAUGGUCAAAGAGGUGGUAAAGAAACCCCACCAGAUCAAAGGAGACCAGAAGUCCACCCUGGUAGACAUCCCCAUGCUACAGUUCAGCUAUGCCUACACCCAGAGUAUUCCAGCUCAGGCGCUCCAGGAGAAUGUGGCACCCCUCCUCAGUCUCCUCAGAGAGUCUGUGCAGCUCAACCUGGCUCCGCCCGGACACUUCCUGCUGCUGGGGAUCCUCAAUGACUUUGUAAACCGACUCUCCAGCCUGGACAAUAAGAAGGACACUAGAGACAUGCAGGAAGUGACCCAGAAGAUCCUAGAGGCGGUGGGCGGGGUGGCGGGGUCAUCUCUGGAACAGACCAGCUGGCUCAGCCGCAAUCUGGAGGUCAAGAACCAGCCACAGGUGUGUCCUGAGACCGAGGAGCCAUCCAUCGAACUGAACCUGGACCUCUAUGACUCUGAAGCUCAGGCCAGCACUAUGGUGUCUUCCUCAGCCCCCUCUGUGUACAGUGUACAAGCCCUUGCGCUAUUGGCAGAGGUUCUAGCCCCUCUUCUGGACAUGGUGUAUCGCAGUGAUGAGAAGGAGAAAGCCGUCCCUCUCAUCUCUCGCCUCAUGUACUACGUCUUCCCCUACCUGAAGAACCACAGUGCCUACAACAUGCCCAGUUUCGGGGCAGGUGCCCAGCUCCUGAGCAAUCUGAGUGGGUACGCCUACACCAAGAGGGCCUGGAAAAAAGAGGCCUUCGAACUCUACAUGGAUCCUCUGUUCUUCACCAUGGAUGUCUCCUGUGCCCCCCACUGGAGGGCCAUCAUCGACCACCUGCUGACCCAUGAGAAGACCAUGUUCAAAGACCUCAUGAGCAUGCAGAGCAGUUCUCUGAAGCUGUUCCCCAGUGCAGAGCAGAAGCCCAUGUUACUGAAGCGUCAGGCCUUUGCCAUGUUCAGUGGCGAGUUAGACCAGUACCACCUCUACCUGCCCCUCAUCCAAGAGCGGCUGACAGAGGCUCUGCGUAUUGGUCAAACGCCCUCCGUUUCUGCCCAGAUGUUUCUGACGUUCCGUGUUCUUUUGCUGCGGAUCUCCCCCCAGCACCUCACCUCCCUCUGGCCAAUUAUGGUCACAGAACUGAUUCACACAUUUGUUCGUCUGGAGAAAGCCUUGUCGGAAGAAAAAGAGGUGUCAAAGCUGACUAAAGUGGUACGUGGGUCCAUGGGGAUUGGGCCAUUGACAUUCCCCCAGCCAGAGUUGGACAUGUACCUGUCUGCCUGCAAGUUCCUGGACACCGCCCUGGCCUUCCCCCCAGAGAAGAUGCCCCUCUUUCAGAUGUAUCGCUGGGCCUUUGUUCCAGAGGUGGAUAUGAGCCGCUACAGUGGCCCAGAGAAUGGUCUCCUGGAGGGAGAGCAGGAGUGCAAACCCCAUGUUGUCAAAGUACUAGAAGCUCUACACCAACGCUACGGGGCGCUGAGUGACGAGUCGUCUACGGAGUGUCUGGAGUUCCCCCUCCUCACCCAUCGCUCUCUCUCCUCCAUCACCCAGCUGGUUCCCUUCCUCCAUACACUCUGCUGUUCCUUCCAGGGCACAUCACCCAGCAGCCCUGCAGACUACCCUGUGGCAGACUACCCUGUGGCAGACUACCCUGUGGCAGACUACCCCACAGCCAGCGCCCACCAAGUCCUGAAGCGACUGGAGCACAUCACUGAGGGAGAGUUCCUGGACUCCAUGGAGAGUUAGAUCUCCACCAAGGUUCUAGAGCUUAGAACGCUGAGGAAAUGACAACUGGAACUAUAGCAAUUCAAUGUUGUAGAAUGGCCACAACUGCGGAAAGCCAUGUUUUAUUAUAGGUGUAUGCCAGCUAAAUGGCAAUCUUUUGGGAUGUUCUUUUGAAUGAUGAAUUGUUUACUUUACUUGGUUGAAUCUGAACAUAUUCUACAUUUGAGAUACCGGUACUCUAAAAUAAUCUAGAAUUAACUGACACAAACUGGAGCGGAGUGGUAGUUAUUAGGCUCUCUGAGUAAAAGUCUAAAUGUGCUGACUUAAAGUUAAAGUAAUACUGAUGCUAGCUACAGUAGCUUUUAGCGGUGAUACUGGUUGUAAAAUAAGUUCCACUAACAAAGGGAGUGACAGCAGUACUGAUUUCAUUCCAUCGCUCUACAAAGCUUUCCAUAAACUUCCUCCCUCCUAUUAGCAAGUUGUGUCUGUCUGACUGCCAGACUGUAAUGUAUUCCAAUGAGACAGGAGUAGGUUAGUAUACCUGCUGGUCAGUGACUAUGGGAACUCUAAGGUUCUUAGUACAGGAUGUUUGGUUUUAAAUGUUUCAAAAGCUCUGCUUGUCAUCAAUCAUGAUGGUGCAGUUUUAUUUGUGGGUAAAUUAUUUAAUGUGAUUUGUGUACAUGGCAAAACCUCUAGAUAUCUAAUAUAAUAAAAUAACAUGCGUGUAAAUGUGGUAUUUUAUUCAAGGGAAGUCUUCGACUUAUGUCUGUUUUUAAGUGUUUUGGGGAAUGUUUGGACUUAACGCUCAUCAUCGAUUUGUUCUUCACAUUUGAAUGCUUAACUAAAUUAUGUGAAUGUCUGUCCUCCUGAAAAUUAUAACUUUUUAAUAUCAGAAUUAAUAUAUUAUGGUCUGUAAAUAAAAACAAAUAUUAAAGAAUGAUUCAAUAAAUGGAGCUCAAAAUGUA